UUUGGGGCAGGUUUAGUUACCGUAACACAUGCGCCACACAACUAGCCUCAAAACACCUCAACAUCGGCGACUCGAGCUCCAUGGCUAAUUUUGCGCUCCCCCAUCCAUAACUCAAGUCGACUUAUUUGAUUGACGGCUCCAUAUUUUGUUGUACGAUUUUUUUUUUUUCCUGUGGCUCCAGAAAGGACAAAAACGGGGUAAUACAGACAGAGAGGAAAAGAGGGAGAGAAAAUAACAAACGCUGCUGGAAAGAAAGUGCGAGCUCAAGAGCGCUGGGAGCGACCCAGGGUCAAGACUGUGAAAAAUACAUAUAUAUUUCACAGACAAAGGAGUGUCGACUUUUGCUCAUUUCUGUAUUUUAGGGAACUUGGGCACGCCGACAUCAUAAUUAUUUUGCAUAAGAGGAUCACCAUGACGACUGAAAUGCAGGAGAUCGCCAUCACGGAGGAGAAGCCUUUACUGCCGGGUCAAUCUGACGCUGUGAAGGACGUAGAGAUUGCGGCCCGAAUACUGCUGGAUCAAGGCCAGGAACACAGCGUCGAGACGCCUCACGGUGUGCUGCACGUGACGGUUCACGGCGCCGGAAACGCUCGCAGACCGGCCAUACUGACCUUCCAUGAUGUGGGAAUGGACAGUAAGAGCUGCUUCUCUACCCUGUUUAAGUUUGAGGAGAUGCAGGAGAUUGUGAAGAACUUCACUGUGGUCCAUGUGGACGCUCCGGGACAAGAGGAUGGCGCGGCCAUUUAUCCUGUCGGAUACCAGUAUGCAUCUAUGGAUCAGGUCUCUGAGAUGCUCCCCACUGUCCUGCAGUAUUUUAAUUUCCGCACAAUUAUCGGUGUUGGAGUCGGAGCCGGCGCUUACAUACUGUCCAAGUUCACUUUGACUAACCCUGAGGCCGUGGAAGGGCUCGUUCUGAUCAACGUCGACACAAACGCACGAGGCUGGAUGGACUGGGCCGCCCAUAAGCUCUCCAAUCUGACGUCUUCCCUCUCAGACCAAAUCCUGAGUCACCUCUUCAGUCAGGAAGAGAUGUCGGCAAACACAGAGCUCAUUCAAACUCACAAACAGAGAAUCGCUAAAGCGCCAAACCUCAUCAACAUCGAACUCUUCUGGAAGAGCUACCAGGGUCGCAGAGAUCUGAACAUCGACAGGAAUAACACGUUCAAAUGUCCUGUGAUGUUAGUGGUCGGUGAUCAGGCUCCGUAUGAGGAAGCUGCUGUGGAGUGCAACAGCAAACUAGAUCCUACCACGACCUCAUUUCUCAAGAUGGCUGAUGCUGGUGGGAUGCCACAGCUGACUCAGCCCAGCAAACUGACAGAAGCAUUCAAGUACUUCAUUCAAGGCAUGGGAUACAUGGCCUCGUCCUGCAUGACGCGUCUGUCGCGCUCGCGCACCACCUCGCUCUCGUCCUCCUACUCCAUGGAGGGCUCGCGCUCCCGAUCCCGCACGCUGUCCCAGGGCUCGCAGGGCGGACAGCUCCCGCCGAGCCCGUCCCAUACCAUGGAGGUGUCGUGCUGAGGAGCGCCAGAGAGGGGGAGAGAGAUGGACGGAUGAAAGGCUUCAGUCUUCUGGGUGACGACGGACGGGUGAUGACGACUCUCUCCCUCCCUUCACCGACCCGUCAGGCAGAUGAUAGAGCCCUUUAACUCUGUGACAUGGGCGGGGCCUUUAGUGAGACCCAAUUGUAGUGUUAACCAAUAGUAAUACUUCUAAUAUGAAUAUUGAUUAUUAAUAUUAAUACCGACGAGUGUCACUGAAAAAAAUAAAUAACGGUGUUUCUCUUAAUUACAUGUUGAAUUUCUAAACAAAAGAAUAGAGAAAAGAGUAUAUAAGCUCAUAAUGUGUGUCUAUCAACUUCUUUGUGAGUAUUAUUUUUUGGUGUGCUUUUUUUGUUUUUGUAUUCUGUAUUAAUUUUUUCUGUUAUACAAUCCUGCUGCUGUGAGAGGGGUGCAGUAUUGUCGGAGACGGUGGCGAAAGUUUUAGGCCGAAAUACUCGUCUCUGUAGAUGACAGCCACCUCAUGUCUUCCAUUUGCCCUUAACGAAAAAGCUAUACACAUAAAAGCGAGAAAGAAAAAUACUGUACUUAUAUAUAUAUUUUUUUUGUUUGGUUACGGGGUUGGGGCCAUUGGGGUCUUUGCCUGUUCUGAAAUGCAUGCCGAAAUUUUCUUGACCACAUCAGUCUAUAAUUUUUACUUUUUUAAAGGAUUUUACAUUCAUUUCUAUUUCGGUGAGAGAGUGAAUGUGUGGUUUUAAAUAGGAAAGAACAACGAGAAAGUCACAGUAAUCGUUGUUUUGAAGUCAAGUGACAUGAGGUUCACAUUUAUAUCUGUGAUGUGAUGCAUUUUCAUAGAAAUCGGACAUAAACAUUGGACAGGGAUUAAUCUGUGAGGAAUUGAUUAGAUGGUGAAAAGGUAUCUGUAUGAUGGUGGCUAGGAAUAAAAGAAAUCAAUGUCGGAAGCCGAAAAGGAAAGUUGUUUGAUGAAAGAUUACGAACGCGCACCAACGAAUCGCUUAUAGUAAGAGCAGAAACAGGAAUCAAGAAAGUAUAAAGUCGAUUUCAAGUUGACCUUCAGGUGAGGGCAAGAUUGGUAGAAGAGUCGGACAAGUGCUUCCAUCAGUGAGUGUGUCUACAUGUACAACAAAAUGCUGAUAACCAAUAGAAAUCAGCUAAUUUGUAAAACACAUCUCUGCAAAUCACUAAAUAACAAAUACAGCAAGAAAAUGUCAGUAUUUAAGCCUACAUGAGACUUUGACAUCCUUUUGUCCAGUUAUUAAAUUAAGAAAAUUUGUUCUGCUUGUGUGUCAUUAAUGUGCCGACAGAACACCCAUAAAGACAUUUAUGCACGGUCUCACGAGAAAGCGUACCCAUUAUGUUUGCGAAUUUGAACGAUUUUGAUUUGUGCGAUUUUUAGAAUUCAAUUCACCAAGAUGUGAAUUACUUCUAGACUGUCACGAGAGUAUGGUGGGCAUUUACAUGAUCAGGUGUUUGGCUUUCAGAGGCUUUUCCCUGUAAAAGGCCGCCGUUUAAGGUAUUAUUAACCAUAACUGGUGCAAAAUCACACAUGUAAACACUUAUUCAUAAGUCCAGUUAUAAAGAAAUCACCUCAACUACUAGUUUGAGAAAUAAAAUACCUGCAGGAUGAAUAAUAAGGGUGUUUAUUCUAGCAAAUGCUGACUUGUAAACAGUAAUUCAUCUACAGUGCACUCAAUAAACGAGUUGGCAACUUCGUAUUAAUUCGUAUGAUAUGAUUCGUAUAGAAAUAAGCAUACAAGUCCGUCUCUAAACUGCCUCUAAAGUUGGCAGAUCGUAAAAAUCUACACAAAUUAGCCACCAAUUUGCCAAAACAUAAAAUACUGAUGAACUGACAUGUAGAGGCUACCUUAGAUUUGUGGACACGUAUUUUUUGGAGUACAAUAGCAUUGUAGGUUACAGAAUAAAUAUGGUAACCACCUAGUACUGUAGUAUAUGCCAUCACUGUACCAUGGUAAGGCCACAUACUUUGUUGUGACUAACUAGUCUGUUAGUAGAAGUGUUUGGUUGGAAACAUUGAGGUGGACUCAUGGUGAUGGUGACGUAACAUGGAGAGUUAACGUAACUUGAGAGCUUUAGCUCUGGUUUGAAGUGUACGUAAAGCCAUGGUGUGAUCUAAUGCUGAACCAUAGUGACUUGUACACAGAGUAAAACAGUACGUAUGGACAUGCCUGAGCGUGUGGUGCUUUAACUUUAAAACACAAUAUAAGGGAAUACGUGCGAGUUUGUUCAGAAGAAUGACGCUUCAAAGCGCUUGUGUCAAAUUCACUUUGCUGAAUAACCAGCCCCUUCACUGCCAACAGGGUUUAGCCAUGUUAUUAACUCAGUAGCUCCAAGAGCUCUUCCAAUCAGCAAGCCACUGAGAUUAGCAGGUUAGCGUAGCUGCAAUGUUUAAACUUUAAACAUAUAGAAGAUUCGUUAGAUAGAGAAUACUGAAAUCACUGCGUUUUUGCAAUAUUUUUUUACAUGAUUGCUAACACUUGCCGAUAACAACAUAGACCAACACCUCACAACUGCACAAUCACUUUCAGCAAAACACUGCCCUGAAAACGACAAUAAAUCGGAAUAGGCUAAUCAACGUUAAUUGGAGAGUUCGUCGAGAUUCUCAAAUCACACUUAUUUUUAUUUUUUAUUUUUGAGACGUUUUCUAUCGUUCAUGACAGAACGUUGGCUUUAAUGGGUUGUGUAAGUGGGAAACAUGGUAUUUAUCUUCUUUCUUUUUAAUGGAAAGUUUAUGUUGAGGUGAUUGUUGGAAUAUUGCUAAUUGCGUUCAGCGUAAAGACUGCAUCCCAGAUUCAAAGGAGCCUUUACCAAAAAUACAAAUAGAUGGAAUCUGAAAAUUUUACCAAAUACAUAGAGAAAUAACCAUAUUAAUGUGAGAAUAAUGACACAAUAAAAUAAAAAUAAUAAAUAUGGGGAAAGGAAUGGAUCAGGUCGUGGCAUGUGUAGGGACGGUGUGAAUGUAAAUGUAUGUCCAUUUUUUUUCUCCUUUUUUUUUAUUUCUUUUUUUUUUAAACUCUCCUCAAUGAUAAAAUCCUUUUAUUUUCUGUGAAGUAGAUUUGCGUCUCAAUGUCCUCAUGGGUUAGACAUCAGUGUGCUAGUUAUUGUGUAACUUUUUUAGCUUUAGCACUAAAAAAAGGAAAUAAUGUAAUUAACAAAAAAAAUAAUAAUAAAAAAAUGUUAUGAAUAACAGAAUGCAAUCAAAAUUAAUUGUGUGGCUAAUUUCUCUGUGUAAUACUAUGAACAACUGGAAAAAAAAAGUAAUUAAAGGGAUCAAAAUCA